AUGUGGUAUGAUGUGGUUUCUGGCUACAUAUCUGAAAUGGGAGUGUCUGGUUUCUGCGAGGGUAUUCGGGAGUGGAAACCGAAAGCAAAGGUGUUUGCUCCAUAUAGACUGGAGCUGAAGCUUGCCAAUCAAAAGAAGAGUCCGAAAGCAAAAGUUCCAAAGGAUUCCCUUGCUGAUCUGCAGAAGAAAAUGGGAAGGCUCACUGCUGAAGUUCCUGGAGAUGAUAAAUCUCCUGGUGAGGCCAAGACGAAGGUCAACAAGGAAGCUGCCAACACCGCAAAUGCUGGUUCUGCUCAAGGUUAAGACUGACAAGCUUGAAUUAUGGUUCUAAUGUUCAGAACAGAAGAAAAUUGACUAGUUAGUUGUGCAUUUGGCAUCCAUUGUCAAGCUUUAUGUAGGUGGUCUAUAGAUAGAGACCAUAGAUUUCAAA